AACAAGGUUUCUGGCGGUGAGGACAAGGUUUCUGGCGGUGAGAAGAACUUUCCUGGCGGUGAGGACAAGCUUCCUGACGGUGGGGACAAGGUUCAUGGCGGUGAGGACCAGGUUUCUGGCGUUGAGGACAAGGUUGCUGGCGGUGAGGACAAGGUUCCCGGCGGUGAGAACAAGGUUUCUGGCGGUGAGGACAAGGUUUCUGGCGGUGAGAAGAACUUUCCUGGCGGUGAGGAUGGGCGAGUACAAGGUUCCUACCGGGGAGGACAAGGUUCCUGGCCGUGA